GCUUAUUAUAUGCUAAUGUAUUUCGAUUAUUGUGGUUAUGAUAACUAUGUUUCAUCUGUGCGUAAUUUAUUGUUUUCAUAUGGAUUUGGUUAUGUUUGGCUAUUUCAAGGUGUUGUCAAUACAUCCCAGUUUCUUCAAAUGUUUAAACAAGUUGCAGUUGACAUGUAUAUACAGUCAUGGAAUAAUUCAAUUGAAGAAAGUUCAAGGUAUAAACAGUAGAGAAAAGCCUUUUAGAGCCAGAAAAAUAUUUCACUAUGCUAACAAAUAAGAAACACAGAAAUAUUCUUACUAGGAUCAGAGAUUUUGCUUGCUUGUUUUUACGAUGUUCACUUUGAUGAAAACAGGAUUAUAGAUUUUUUAUGUUUUUGAGUUUUCAUUAACCUAAUGGAGUUACCUUCUUCCUAACAUUGUUUUUCCAACAUAAACAAUAUAAAAUAAAGUCAUUGUCAUUAUCCAUAAUCUCUUCUCUUUGUGGUUGGAUUAGUAUCUGGCAGGUGUAUUUUAGUGUAAAUAUAUUAUUUUAAUCAUAUUAUUAUUCUCUCCUUUUAGCUAUAUUAUUUCUAGGCAGUUUAAGGUUUAAGCUUUAGAGCUUGGCCUGUCUCACUAAUUGCCCAAGCCAUGACGCUUCUCGGCUGAUUGGUCUCACUAACUCCAUGCACAAUUUCACUCAUUCUGCACUGACUCUUUGCCACGUAAAGACAGCUUGGACAGACACACAGUGUAACAUUAAGGUUAGUAUUCAUUUAAUUAAAGUAAUAUUGCAUUUAAUCCUUGCAGUAUAUAUAUAAUAAACGCAUAUCUAUUUGCUAUCAUUUAAAUAGGUAUUAUAUUGUAUAGCAUGUAAGUGUGCUAUAUGUAUUUAUGCUAGCUUUCCAAUCCUAAGCUAUAAACAUCAAUAAGUAUCACUAAUAGUUUCCUAUCUUUACUAUCCCUUUCACUGAAUGUGUGAGAUGAGAGAAUGUGUUUUUGUAUAAGUUGCUAUGUUUUAACUGUGAUAACUGUAAGUGUAAUUAUCAAUGUGUGGAAGUAAUUUUAUGUUAAUGAAUGUAGCAGCCCUAAAUCUACUCCACAUUACAUUGUAUAUUAUUUAUCAUCUAAUAUUAUUUGCAGCAGAUAAGUUCCCGUCCAUAAGACCGGUGCUGUGCCCGAUUGUUGUGCACCCUUGUACCACCCACAGGGGUGUCGUUUAUCGAUCACAUUCACCGAAAUAAACAACCUCACACCCCAGCAGAGUGUUGGUAGUCUAUGCCCACGUUGACCCUGCUAUAUUUGGAGCCCCCAGUGAGGAAUUGUUUCGGGCAUGGAUGAACUGGGCAGCACCUAGAAAUACUCUUGGACAACUGGACUAUUGUGAUCUGUGUUAACGUCAUCAUUGGAUGAUGACCAGUGAUAUGACGCUGUGACCUUGACCUUUUUGGAGAGCCUGUGACUCUUUUGUGACACUUAAUGUGUAUAGUGACUUUCAUUCAUUCAUUCAUGUUUUCAUGUACAUGUAUUUGGAUUGAGGAUUAUCAUGGACACUUCACGUGAGUUAUAGCCUUUGUGUAUUAUAUACCUGGCGUAAUUUUCAUGUUAUAUAUAUUCAUUGUUUGUGUUAAUUCAUUGUGUAAUUUAACUUUUCAUCUUUUUACUUAAUAUUCUCAUGUAAUUUUCAGUUAUGUAACUCAAGUUACAUAAUUACUGCCGGCUUAUAUAUUUAGUGUAUUAUCUUCAUCGUUGGUACCAACACUUAGUAUUUAUCAUGUAACUAUUUUUGUGUGUUUAUAUUUGUAGUUAACUUAGUUGUUUCAAUUUAGAUUAGUUUAGUUAAGGUUUAGAUUUUGAUUAGCAUAGUGCAAUGUAAUAGCAUGUUGCAUUUCAGGGUUUUUUCAUAGGUAUAGUUUUGGGUUUAUCUAAGUUUAUUUGUGUUUAGUGCAGUUAGUUGUUCUUUUGCUCUUUGUUUUACGUAAAUAUUCAUUAGUGUUUGUUACUGCAUUUGCAUUUCAAAUUCCUUUCAUUAGUGGUAGGUGUACAUUCCCUUUAGUUCAUAAUGUAACUUACAGUUUGGGUGUCAGUGUGUGUUUUGGUUAAUAUCAUACUCUAUAUCCUUCCUCUCUUGCUAACAAAAUAAAAUGAUAGCGUAAUUUACUAUCGGGUAGGUAUAAAUAAAGCUUAAACUUGUGUUAAUAUACUGACUGUGUGACAACAGACUGUACUUAGACUUUGCACCCUGCACCAUUUCCCAUCCCUUUACCCUUACCUCCUUGUAUUGCCCGUCUACAUUAUCAUUGUUUUACUUCUGUGUUAUUGUGUAAGUUGAAUUUACAUUCCCAAUUCUCCAUUUCACCUUAAAUUUUUGGGUUUUAUUCUGUCAUCAAUUGUUUACAUAUGGAAGGCAUACUUCCCUAGCGCUGCCACAUUCCUUCUACUUAUUGCAAUAUCAUUUCACAAAUCAUGUAACUAUAUUAUCUUAUUACACACGCCAAAGGUGCUCUACCCUUGUGUCUCCUGAAAUGCUCGUUUUGAUUGAAGUGGUAUAAACCAGACAAUUAGCGAAACAUUGUCAGGAAAGUGUAGAGCAACUGAAGGUUGUCCCCACUCACAUUAGGUACCCCUUGUUAAAUCAAUUCACUUUUAAACUCAUCGCAUCGUCAUAUUUGGUAUCAUUUUGUUCUCUUAAACCAUGGAGUUUAAGCAGGAAGAACUUAGUGGUAUUGUUGAGUUAUUCCACAAGUUGGGAUUACAACCCAAGGCAGAAAAACCGGAGGACUUAAAGACGUGGAUUCAGGACAUGGCAAAGCAAGAGGGACCACUCCAACCUAGCAAACUGUCUGCUCCUCCUGAGCCACUAGGCGAUGAGUCACAAGUUACAGCCAAGUCACAUGUCACAGCCUCAGCCACAGCCUCAGCCAAUCCUCCAUAUCCCAAGCUACCUACGUUCAGUGGUGACUUACACGGAAAGGAUGCAACCUUUGAUCUGUGGACUUAUGAAGUGGAUUGCCUUCAACAGUUGUCUGUCUACAGUGCUGCUGUACUGGAACAAGCCAUCAGACAUUCUUUGAAGGGAGAGGCCGCUCGUGUUGCCAUGUGCCUUGGACCAAAGGCAACUAUCCAAGACCUACUGAGGAAGUUACAGAGCAUUUAUGGGACUGUGCAGAGGAAGGAAGCCCUCAUGGCUCAGUUUUAUAGUGCUGCUCAGAGAGAUGAAGAGGAUGUUGCUUCAUGGGGAUGCCGCUUGGAACACUUGCUGUCAAAGGUCACGGAGCAUCAUGAUAUUCCACCACUGGAACAGGACGAAAUGUUGAGGAAUAUGUUGUGGAGUGGACUACGGAGAUCGCUCAAGUCUGUAUCAGGCCACAAGUUUGAUUCUGUUUCUUCCUUUGACGAGCUACGGAUUGCACUCAGGGAGAUUGUGUAUGACUUGAGGCAAGGAAGAGAACCAGCACCCUCAUCACGGAAACAGUCGGCUUCAGCGAAGAUGGCCACUCCAUCUGAGACCAUCACCAAGUCAGACCUGGACACGCUCACUACAGCCAUACACCAACUACGCACCGAGGUCACUGAGAUCAAGGAAAGGCAACAACAGCCAGCGCAUGUGUUCCAGCAUCAAGCUAGUUUCCUUCCUCAGACACAGGGAUAUGGACCAAGACACAAGCAUAGAGGUCGAGGAAGAGGAAAAGAUUAUGGAUGUAACCAGCCACAACUGCCUCCUCAUGGGUAUGGACCGCCACAUAAAUACAGUUCUUCAGGGGCUUAUCCGUAUCCAGUGCCACAAGGACCUCAGGAUGCCCAAGCUCAGACACAGGUUCAGCAACCUCAAGUUCAAACACCAUUGCCUCAAGAGUCACAAGGUACCUUCACUCACUCAGGACCACAGGGCUACGGAUAUGAACAGGAGCAGCUGGCAAGUUACCCCACUCCGCCUCAAAGAAGACAGAAUGAUGUUGUGUGUUACAGAUGUGGCUACACUGGACACAUAGCAAUAGGAUGUCAAGUAUGAGUGGAUCACCUGCCA